AUGUUGAAUCAUACUAGUGUAUCUCCGUAUGGCAACGUGGCUGGGGAUGCUGUGAUGCAGGGUGAGACACCAGUGUUGCCGUCGUACAUGUUGCCUCAAACAUUUACAAGAGUGGCACUCACAAGGGAGACAACUGCGCCCCCAGGAACGCCGAACAGAAUAGAUGACAUGUUCCUCGGAGAAACAGAGCGACAACAGGCAGAAUUGCUCGAUAACGACCCUCUGCCUUCACCAUCAUCGUCACCGUGUACAGAUAAGGACAGCAAUAACGAACUACUCAUUGACACUGUCUCAGGAAGAUCAACUCUCUCAAAACAAAGCAGGCAGUUUUCCAACAAGAAGCCUCCCUAUUCCUAUGUGGCUCUCAUCACCAUGGCCGUCGAGAGUUCCACAACAGGCAUGAUGACUCUCAACGACAUCUACAACUACAUCGUCAAGAGAUUCCCUUACUACCAAGACAACCAACGAAGAUGGCAAAACUCCAUCAGACACAACCUCUCCCUCAAUGACUGUUUCGUCAAGGUGCCCCGACCCCCGGGGAAACCAGGCAAGGGUAACCUGUGGGCUCUGCAUCCUUCUUGUGGGGACAUGUUCGGUAACGGCAGUUUCCUCCGUCGUUCUAAACGUUUCAAGUCAGGACACAAACAGCGACAAGACGACGCACUGAUUCAACGGUUCACAUCAUACGGACAGUUUGGUCUUUACGGGGGCCCAUCCCCCUACCAAGGUUUCAACCUGAAUCUUACCCCCUUACCCCAGAGACUGACCCAGACACACACACCCAACACAGCAGGCACGUCUGACCCCAGUACCUGGACUUUGGGAUCUCCUAGCGUCUACUCUCCUACAGCCGGCUACUACAACGCCAGUAGCAUCAACAGCUCUCUGACCGGCUCCCCUCUCUCCAGCUCUCCACCAGGACCUUACAUGCCACAUAUGCUGUCUGCCCAGUCGGGAAGCUCGCCUCUAGCUGGGACAUAUAUGCCACAAGUGUCAUCACCGAGCUCGAGUGCUAUCCAAAAUUUAUAUAAUUAUUCCUAUCCUCAGUUGUGUCAGUCAUUCACAGGAGCUUCACAGCCUAUGUAUUCAUAUGGUAUGUCCAAAUGA